CUUUCAGUGUCACGGGCUGGAAGCUUAUGCCUAGCAUCGUCAUUUAGUUUAAGACUCGCGGUCUGUAACACUAGCCUGUCCUCGUCAUCUAUAUAUUAGUUAGUAUAUUAAGCCAAACCCGCGGAAGCUGGAUAGCAAACCAGCACUCAUUCGAAUUGGCAGGCUUCACUUCUGUCACUGAUCACUGAAAUGACAAGAGGGAUUGCAAGAUCACGCUACGAAAAGCAAAGGAAAGGAGAAGAUAUGAAAAAGCUGAAAUUAAACAUGGAAUUGAUAAGCAAAGAAAAAAGAGCUGGGAAAAGGUCAUACAGGAAACAAGGCAGGAAGAAAUUUCCGAGCAGGGAAAGCACCAGCCCCGGGUGUAGGGCCAAAGUUGUUGGAAAGAAGUUGCAUCGGUGCCAAUCCAGGCUCCAGGUUGUGCUGAUGCAAACCGAAUUGGCAAAGACGAAAGUAGAGUUGAGUGAGUCGGCUGAGUCCCUAUUGGCGGCAAAAAUAGAAGCUAAUCAGGCGGAGGCUAAAAUUGAACUGCUGAUGACAAGAAGGAAUGAGUUGAUGGACAACUUUCUGGAAAUGAAGGAAGCUGAAGCUUUUCUGAUGCUUAAGCUGGGUUUCCUUUGAAUCGGUAAAUAACUUUUUAGAAUGUAUAAAUUGAUAAUUAUGGUGUGCUUGAAACUUGAGUAAGUUUUAUAAUUUGAAUUGCAAAAAAUAAUAUCUCACAUAGUUAAAUUGGAAUUAUUUUGGACAUACAAAUAUUUAUAUAUCCGAAAUAAUCUCAAUUUAAUUGAUGUGAAUUUUUUUAUUACUAUGUAUAAAACUCAAUAUCAUUAUCUUAUGACAUAAUUUCUUAGUUAGAAUUGUGAAUCUCAUUUGUCUAUGUAUGAUUUUUUUCUCUUGUUAGAAUAAAUAUAUCAAGUUUUUUUUAAAAAAACCUGGGAAUCAAUCUAUUCAAAUAGCUGCAUGAUACAAGAGAAUGAUACAAGAGAAGGGUUAAGAUUACUGAAUAAACUCAAUUGCACAUGAAAGAAUGGCGAUAAGAGCUGUGAAUGAGCUCUGGUAAUUUCAUCUGGGGUCAAUCUCAAGGACCCAUUCUUGAGUUUAAGCUCUUCUUUAUGUCCUGAAAUCUCCCUUUUGGCCCAUGAUUGUUAGUCAGGAAAUAAUGAAAAUGUAGAAAACUGUUCUUGUGGCAUAUUGCUACAUGAAGUUAAAUAAAAGGAAACACGCUUUGAGUUUCACUACCUUAAGACAAAAUCUUAACCUUGUCUAAUAUUUUCCAAUGAGGAACAUUUUGGCCACAAUCCAUCACAAGUUAGGCAUGUAAGGAACAUGUUGAGAUCUCAGAUAACAGCUCUGUCUCAUCCCUCUAUUGAUUUUCAAUGCAUAAUUUGGAUUAUCUUUUCUCAUUUUCAAUAUGGUGAUCAUAUACCUUAAGUAUUUCUGUAACCAUCCAAUGAUUUUGUCCUAUCCUGUCAAUAAAAGUAUGAGCAAGUUAAAGAGGAAACAACAAAGGGAAAAACAUUUUUUAUUGCUGCGAGAAAAACAAGCUUGGCUAGUAAAUCUUUGUGCCCGGUAACAUUAAUUAAAGACCUCUUUAUCACAAAUGUUGCGUAUCAUCCUGGUCACUGAAAAACAGACUUACACUUUCACAGCUGCA